AUGGUAAGAGUCGCCCGGAUCCGGCGCUGCGACCUGCAGCGGGUGGGCCGCCUGGGCGUGGGCGCCUUCGGCCUGGUGACGCUGGAGGCAGACCGCAGAAAUGGCCGCACCUAUGCGCUCAAGGCGGUGUCCAAGGGCUACCUGGCGCAUUUGAGGAUGGAGUAUUCUGUGCUCAACGAGAAGCGCAUCCUGAAGAUGCUGGACACGCCCUUCGUCGUCCGGCUCCUUGCGACCUACAAUGGCCGAGAGCACGUCUACUUUCUCUUGGAGGCCGCUCUGGGCGGCGAGUUGUUUACCACCUACGAGCGUUUGAAGCUGUACGGCUCCGAGCACCAUGCCCGCUUCUAUGUGGCAUGCGUCACUGAGGCUUUGACGCACCUCCACGAGAAGAAUGUCAUUUACCGGGACCUGAAACCGGAGAACCUCCUCCUGGACGUGCACGGCUUCUGCAAGGUCACUGAUAUGGGCCUCGCAAAGAUCUCUUCGUGCCCGACGUUCACCAUGGUGGGCACGCCGGACUACAUGGCUCCAGAGGUCAUCGACCAGACUGGGCACACCAAGUCGGUUGAUUGGUGGACUCUGGGCGUACUGCUCUUUGAGCUACUCUCAGGACACGCUCCCUUCGAAUCGAAGAGUGGCAAUGCCCAUGAGACCUACGGCCUGGUGAAGCGGGGCAUCGAGACGGUGCGCUUCCCCGAGGCCGUGAAGCCCGAGGCCGGCGCUUUGGUUCGAAACCUUUGCCAUCGGAACCCAGAGGUGCGCCUUCGCACCCCCGUGCUCCGAGAGCACGGCUUCUUCCGGCGCUUCGACUGGCCAGGAUUGCAGCAACUGCGCAUGGCACCACCACUGGUGCCGCAGGUGCGAGGGCCGCGGGACCUCACGAACUUUAGGGACUGUGAGCAUGAGGACCCCCAGGACAUGCCCUACCAGGACACGGGCAGCGGCUGGGACAUCGGCUUCGAGGACGACAUUCUCUCCAGCGGCGCGUCGGCCGCGGCGGCGGCCGCGCCCAUGCU